GAGCAGAACUAGUUAUUCUGAUUGCAACAUUUCUAUAACUCGUUGCGAAACACAUAAUAAUGAUAACAGAAUAAUGCAAUAUUAAGUAGCAAAAUACUGUAUGCAAAUGCGCUAAUCUGCGAUAUAUAAAGCAGACCGAUCUGGGAGUCUGGCAGUGCAGUCUACUAAGACCAUCCCAUCCUAAAGCAAUCAACAUGAAAUUCGCAGCCGUUAUCGUUCUUGCCGCUCUCUUCGCCUGCGCAUUGGCAGCACCUGCGCCUGAUGUAGAAAUUCUGAAGAGCGUUUCGGAUGUACUGCCCGACAAGUGGAGCUGGGAUGUGGCAACCAGCGAUGGCACUGCUGUCCAAGGUGUGGGCGAGGCGAAGUCCCUGGGCAAGGAUGAAGAUUCCAUUGUUGUGCACGGCUCUUAUGAGUGGGUGGAUGAGAAGACCGGACAGCACUUUAAGGUCACCUAUGUGGCUGAUGAGAACGGCUUCCAGCCUGAAGGCGAGCAUCUUCCACGCGUCUAAGGCUUGACCUUCUUAUGAUUGACCAAAUUCAGAAAAAAUCGUGUUGAUUUAAUAAAGAUAUAGAACUUGCAAACUUUAA